GGAGCCUGGUGAUGUCAGGGAAGAGGAGUUUCCACACACAAUGUCAGCUCCCGGUCUCCAUCUAACCAGCAGUGUGGAGGGGUAACACAGUCGAACACCGUCCGCUGGAGAGCCAGGCACCCAACUUCUCAGAGGACCUGCUGAACCCCACUGCUGCUAAGUGAGAUCUGUUGUAAAGAUCAGAGACAGGGAGCAAUAUGGAGAAUAAUCUGGAAAACAAUAUGGACCCACGUUCAGAACAGGAUGAGAUGCAACGAUGUGCCGACCAGAUCACAGAUGAGUCCCUGGAGAGCACUCGUCGUAUGCUACAGCUGGUGGAAGAGAGCAAAGAUGCUGGGAUCAGGACCCUGGUCAUGCUGGACGAGCAAGGAGAGCAAUUGGAGAGGAUUGAAGAGGGAAUGGAUCAGAUCAAUAAGGACAUGAAAGAAGCAGAAAAAAAUCUGUCGGAUCUGGGCAAAUGCUGUGGUCUUUGUUCCUGCCCCUGCAAUAAGUUGAAGAACUUUGAGGCUGGAGGAGCCUACAAGAAGGUGUGGGGGAAUAACCAGGACGGUGUGGUGGCCAGCCAGCCAGCUCGAGUGAUGGACGACCGGGAGCAGAUGGCCAUGAGUGGUGGAUACAUCCGUAGAGUCACAGAUGACGCUCGGGAAAACGAGAUGGAGGAGAACCUGGAUCAGGUGGGCAGCAUCAUAGGCAACCUACGACACAUGGCACUUGACAUGAGCAAUGAGAUUGGCUCCCAGAACGCCCAGAUUGACAGGAUUGUGGUCAAGGGCGAUAUGAACAAAGCACGCAUCGACGAGGCCAACAAGCACGCCACCAAGAUGCUGUGAAGUGCUUCAAAGGAGAACCCUCUCUUCUGCCAGAGAUACCCACCCCAUCACCAUCGCAGCAUCUACAUGGCCGAGGAGGGGCAAGUCCCUGUGCAGUGAUAGGUUCAACAUCUCUGUACAUUUGGUUUGAUUUCACAAUUUUCUCUGUGUAGCAAAAUGUUCCAGUGUGUAAGGUGUAUAUUUUUGUGUCAAUCUGUGUAACUGCUUGCCCAGAGUGAACCAAGUGUAAAAUUUAGUUUUUAAUCUCCGUGCUGAUUGGUUCUUUUUAUGAAUGAAUUAACCUGUAACCUCGCGAUAACGUGAGCAUGAGUCAAGCUCGAUGUGCGCAGCUGAAUUCCGAUUAACGUUACAGCAAAUCCUCUUUUCCCUCGUUUAAAAUGUCAUCCCAGCACAGUAAGGGAAAGCCCUCAGAUCGGGCUGCUACAGAAAUCCCGGCGUCUGAAGGUUUGACAAAAGAGCACAGUUUGUAAUGGGGGCAGCUCAGUUCACCGUGCGGCUUGCCAGAGCUGGGAGCCGGCGUCUGCACUCCUCUCGGUAUUCCUGCCUGUCAGUCGCUGCGACUUCGCUGGUUAUAAUUUCUCCGAUGUUUAUGGCCCACCAUCAGUCACUUGUUCAUCCUGCGAGGCCAAACUCAGGAUUCCCGUUCAGUGUGAGAUGGGAAUCGGAGCUGGGAUCAGAUGGGUGUUGAUCAGAACUUGUUCACUUUAAAGGGACGCACUGUGGGAUUGAAAUGAGAAAGUGCCCGUGUCGGUUUGGAAUACUGAUGCCACUGGCAACUCAAAAAGGAAACAAAAACCCGCUCUCAGUUCAGAAACAACGUUAGUUCGAUACAUUAUCCUAUUUCCCCUCCUCCCCUUCCAUUUAUCAGAGGUUAAGUAUUUUGGAUCACCAGAAAGUUACAAGAAUUUAAAAAGCGCAACUGGUCAUAGACCAGUUAAAUGAACAGCACUGGGUUAACGUAAUUUCUUACUAAACUCCACACCUGCCAGUUUCAAAUUGCAAAUAAAGCAGUCAAUUUGAAUCAUUUCGGAGGAAGUUGGAUGCUCCUUUUAUUUUUCAGCUCCCAAACAAAACCGUUUAUAUAUUAUAUUUCAAUAACUGAGGCUUUACUGUCCUGUGAUCCUGUUGUUAAAUCUGGUUAAAACCAUGUUGUGCAUGAAGAAAUUUAUUUUCGUCCAUUGUUCCUACACUGGCCCUUGAAAACAGUCACCAUCUGAUUAUCCCUGUAGCCAUACACUUAUCCCAUUCCGUCCGAAAGCAAUCACAACCAAAUUUGCUUUUACUAUGUCUCCAGGCAGAACAUUCUAGCUCAACGAAAUGCUGGAGGAACUCAGCAGGUCAGGCAGCAUCAGGACCGAAACAUUGACUGUUUGCUCUUUUCCAUAGCUGCUGCCUGACCUGCUGAGAUCCUCCAACAUUUGUGUGUGCUAAUCAGGAUUUCCAGCAUCUGCAGAAUUUCUUAUUCUAGCUCAUAGUAAUUCUCAGGAUAAAAUCAAACAUUCUCCUCAUCUAGCCCACUGCGUUCUUCUCUCCUGGAUCUUAAAUCAUGCAUUCCUCCCGUUAGUGGAAACAAUCUCUCUCUCUCUCUCUCUCUCUCUCUCUCUCUCUCUCUCUCUCUCUCUCUCUCUCUCUCUCUCUCUUUCUAUCUCUCUCUCCCUCUCUCCCCUUUGAAAGAUGCUGCUCCCUAUCUCCACUCAGAGAUGCUGAGUGCCAAAUAGGGAGUGAAUGAGCGAAUGACAAGGAAUCACAGUAAACGUGAACUGAUUGAUGGCGGCACGAGGGAGACUCAAUGUUGGCGUCUGGAGCAGCAGACAAUCUGCAGGUGGAAUUCAGUGGGCCUAGCAGUGUUGUUGGGGGGGGAGGUGGAGGGAUUGUCAGCUGUUUGGGUCAAGCAUCAAUUCCUUUCCUCCCUCAGAUGUUGCUCAGCUGCUGAAUUUCUCCAACAAUUUGUUUGUGGCAACCGGUUGAUGGGAUAGAACAUAGAACAUUAUAGCACAGUGCAGGCCUUUAGCCUAAGAUGUUGUGCAGACCUUUUAAACUACUCGAAGAUAAAUCAGACCCUUCCCUCACACAUAUCCUUCCACUUUUCUAUCAUCCAUGUGAGUCCCUUAAAUGCCCUUAACGUACCGUACCUGCCUCUACCACCACCCCCCCCAUUUUAACUUUGUGUUAAUCUAAUUCACAAACUCUUGCCUUUUCCUUAUCAAUCUUCUCUUUGUUCGAUUCCAUCAGUGUUUAUGAAUGGCCUCGCUGGUUGUAAUCGGUUCAUAAAGCCAAUGAAAGAUGAAAUAAAGCAGCGGAUAACCUGUGUUUUGGGCCGCUCCCCCCCCCACCCCGCUCCCAGACGGGGCAGUAGAGGGAGAAAUGGUGGUAGUAGAAGUGGUUCAAUAAUUGAUUUUAAGUUUUGUUAAUCAAAGUGUUGUCCAAGGAGAUACAACCAAGAUGGCUUCCAGUUCUUCCAAUGUCCAUUUAAAGGCCAUAAAAACAUUUUGGGGGCUCUAAAAUAAAAUGAAUGACUGACUGAGGAGAACAUUAUUUUACACAGAGCAGAGAGAAUAUUGGGCAUGACGAAGUAUCAAAAAGGAAAGCCAUGAAACUAAGGAGAUAAUAUAUGAAGGACAAGAGGUGGGACAUUGAUACUGGCUGGCCAGAAUCAAUCCUAAACGUUCUAUUUCUAUAUUGCAAACUGCAAGGACGAUACAGCCCCUUGUAGAAAUCUUUCCAAUCAGUUUGUUUGAAAAUGUGUUUAUUUAACCUCAGAUGCAAUUAAAAUCCUUACCAUGGCAAAAGGCCGUAAAAUGCUUGGAGACUGAGAAGCCAAGAUCAAUGUUGGCUGUUGGCUUCUUCAUGGAGUAGCGAUUCGCUUUCUUUAGAGUGGUCUUUUUAUGCAGUGACGGAGGAAAUGCUGUCUCUUUAAGUGCUUAAUGAGUUGUGGGCUCACUCUUACUGCGACCCGAUAGCUUCUGCAGUGACGGAAUCUUCCCUGCGAACUCAUUGGGCUCUGAGCCCCGAACCCCAGCCCACUCACACAGCUCGCUGGCCUGGCCCGGCCCAACGUCUGCAUGCGACGGGUGUGAAAGUGUAAAAGGCUUUCCUUGUUCUGCACCACCUCACCCACCCACCAUCUACCCAGAGUAUUGCUGCCAGUCACGUGGUGGUGAGCAGGCUGCUUGUUCCUGCUCCCCCCACACCCCCCCAGCUCCUCUUCCACCAACCAAGACCGUGUGUUUGUAGAUGGUGCAUGUCAGUGUCUGUGUCCAUCACACCCCUCUGCUGCACGCAAGCCCAGAGCCACACCACCCCUGUCUUCACUCAGCCGUGACCUGUAACGAUACCCUUGAAACUAAACUUAGAGGGAGUUUGCUCUUCAAGUUCUACCUUAUAAAAAUGACUCUUUCUCCUUUGUAUUUGAUAGUUGGUUAUCCUCUCCUCACUUUUAUUUUUGCUCUCUAGCUCAGUCUCUCCUGCUUAGUCGUGCUAUGGACCCUGAGGUUAACAGUACGACUUGUGGUCUCCAAUUAUAAUGCUGUUCGGUAGACAGGGGAUUAAAUUCUCAGUUGGGAAUUGACAUCCACACCAACAUUCCAAGAUGCACUUUCUGAAUUAAAAUUGCCACCUCCGGGAGCCAAUAGGGGAAUACACCCUGAUUCAUUCAUCUCGUUCCUGACCGCACCAGAAAUGUAGAGGCAAAUACUGGUUCCUGUUUGAAGCAGUUAAAAUCUCUCGCAGCCAGUCAGUUCCAAGGCACCCCAUAACACCAUGCACUUAUGUUGAAACACAAAAAUAUUUUUAAAAAAACACCUAAUACAUUGCCGUAUAUUUAAAAGUUAAAUUAUUACUUUUACAGAUAUGUCCUUUUAUUUGUGUGUGUGUGUGUGUGUGUGUGUGUGUAUGUGUGUAUAUAUAUAUAUAUAUAUAUAUAUAUAUAUAUACACACAGAUGUCUCCUGAUGAUACUUGCCAACAAAUAAUUAUUUAAGCAUGAGAAUGACUUUAACGAAUUGCAAGCUCUGGUUCAGCGUACAGGUGAGCUGGAAUUUAUUAGUUAGUAGAGUUGAUUAGCCAAAUGGCCUAACUCUAUGUCGUAAUGGUCUUAAAACUCAGUAGGAAAAGCCCACGAGUGGAUAGCAAGGCACCAGAAACUUUGGAGAGUUCUGCUCGCCUGCGGGCACCUCACACAUGUCUGCUCCAUGUUCGAUUUGCUGAAGUGUCGCUCACAGAACUCAGCAUUGAGACACACAUACACAUGACAUUAUGAGGUGGUUAGGAUGGAGUGAGAAGAUGCAUAUCCACUGAUAUGUGAGACAUUUAGAUGUUCAGGUGUGUGUCAGGUCACCCUCUUACCAUUUACAGAGCUCAGGCAUGUGUUGUCCAGUCCAGCAGCGAAGUCCCAGCAGAUAUGUUAAGGUAUGCGGGCUUUGCAGAUCUGCUUGGAGAAUUUUUAACCCACAACAGUGUAGUGGUUAGCACGACGCUGUUCCAGCUCCGGGCAUUCCAGAGUUUGGAGCUUAA